AUGUUGCAACCACUUCGAAAAAGCUUAGUAAAGUCCUCGAUACAAUGUGUUGCUUCCAGUGUUAUGAGAAGGUCAUACGCAGUGACGUAUACGAAGCUGGGGACGCGGAAAGCCGCGUCAAACUCUACUUCCACUAGAACUACAGCCACAACUACCUCGAAGAGUCCAACUCCAAGUGGUUCAUCAAGGGUAGUUAAAAAACCAAUUAUCCAACAGGUGUCAAAGGACGAAAGUGGGGCAGAUGCCACAACUACCAAUAUUGAUGGUGAUACUGUUGCUGCUGCGGAUACGGAGAAUGCAAAAUCCGAAUCGGUUGUGGAUACAAGCUCGGAUUCUGCUCCCAAGAAACGGGGGUUAAAGCCUUCGUCCACAACCAGUAAGACCAUACCCGUUAAAAGGUCGACUGCUAGUACUACAUCUGCAUCUACACUGACAUCUUCCAGAAUGUCAAAACCUGAAGCGGUACCUAUAGAAGAACUAAACCUCAAUGAUGGUCCACUGGCAAGUUCCCUCACUAGUUCUAGUAGUAGUUCCAAUAAUCUGAGUAUUGAUUGGGCCGAUUCGUUUCAUGGUAUUGGGUCUCAAUCUUUUUCGCGUGAAGUUAUUGAUAUUUUACUUGCACCUAUUUCAAAAGACGAUAUCGAGAUUAAACCUGAUGGGAUUCUUUAUUUGCCGGAGAUUAAGUAUCGUCGAAUUCUUAAUCGCGCAUUUGGACCCGGUGGAUGGGGGCUUGUGCCACGUACUUCGACGCUUAUCACACCAAAACAAGUCUCGAGAGAGUAUGGCUUGAUAUGUAAUGGUCGAUUGGUUAGUAUUGCUCGUGGUGAGCAAGAUUUCUUUGGUGGGGGUGAGAAGGUCACCACGGCUUUGGAAGGAUGCAAGAGCAAUGCUUUAAUGAGAUGUUGUAAAGACUUGGGGAUUGCUAGUGAAUUAUGGGACCCGGGUUUUAUUAGAAAGUGGAAGGAGCGAUAUUGCGAAGAGGUAUUUGUUGAACACGCGGUGACAAAGACGAAGAAAAAAUUGUGGAAAUUAAAGUCACUGCCCAAGUUCGGCCAUCCUUACAAGCAAUUGUAA